GUCAAGGUAUUGACCAGAUAACACUUGUGAAAAGGCGGAGGCUGAGUCUCAGAGACUGGAAGAUUUGACCAAUCAACUUGGUUGCCCUGAGAACAUGGUGCAUCAGUGGGUUCAUGAUGUCAGAGAAUGGGCUUCCGAUGAUUCUGCAGGUACCAGAUGUGAUGACCAACAACCUCUUCAGGAAUCAAUUGAAGAAAUGUUCCUUGCGGUUCAUCACAGAAAAGCCAGCCUUUAUAAUCAGACUGACAGCAACAAAAUCCGACAGUUGCGACGAAGGAAAUUGGGGGAAGAGAAGAAAAAACUGUUUGAAAAAAUCAAGCUGUACAAUGAGCAGGUUGCAGAUGAGGAGCGCAUCCUUGAGGAUAAGGUGGAAAGCAGACUCUCUGUGGUGGAAGGAGACAGUGGGGCAGACUGUCUAAUAUGGCCGUGGGAAGUGCACAGCAGAGAAUCGAGCAAUAUCCUUACGAAGAAGAAGAUUUUUGAUGUUUACAUGUCAAAAAUGCGGCUUCAAGAGGAAAAGAUAAUUUUGAUGAGGGAGAUGAGACAGCACUGCGCCUACCUCAGAAAGCUGGCCUGGAGUCUCCAUAAAAUGAUGUCCGAAAUGUCUUCUGGCAGGAACAGUGGCAGUUUAAGUGAAGAGGGGCAUCGUGGGCUGCUGUGUCUUCAUCAGAAAAGGCUUGCUGAUGUGGAGGAGAAGUUCCAAGUCGUUAGCUCAAGGUACAGCCAGGCUUUAGGACCGAAUGCUGCUUCUCUGCUUGAGGAUGGACCCGAGGACAUACCGGAGGACGACAAAGAACAUGUAUAUGAGAGUUCAGAUGAGAGUGAUUUUGAGGCAGUGUAAACCAGUUUUUCGAAACACUAGCUUUAUAGAUGGAAAGGUAUUGCAUCGGAUUUAUGUAUGUCAAGCGCGAUAUAAUCUUCCCUGCAAGAGCAUGUAUGCCCUCCAGCUCUCUCAGAGCAGACACUUCCUCACACGAGGUGGCUGCUCUGUGCGCGUACUGUGUAGUUUCAUACAUGAAGAUGUCAUUAUGUAACUCUUCCUAUGUUUUGUGUCACGCUCUCAGCUACCUGCACGAUUCUUGGUUGUAAAAUUGUUAUGCAAAGACUAAAAUCUGUGCGCAGCAUAUAUAAUUUGCUUGUGAGCAUGUUUUAUCAUGCUCGCGACAUAUGACAUAAAUCUGACCCAAUAUUCAGGAAAAUUUGAAAACAACACAUACAAAAAUCCAAAACCAAUACAACAACAAAUAUGUGCUGCAAAUGAAAAAAUGUUGCUAAAUGCCUAAACUAAUAGGCAACUGCAAACUGCUCUAAACACAAAUUAACUAAAAAACAAACACUGAAUACAAGUGCAUUAACAGGGAUUGACCACACCUAGAGGAUGAGUCACACCACGCAAACUAUUUAAAUUCAUUUUUACAAUGACAAUGUAGUAAUUGUAAUUUCUCUGCAGUUACAUCUGCCAUGUCGUGUUGUACAUUUGGUUGGCUUUCAGUGUUAUCUAUCUAUAACUAUCGUCCAUCAAAUCGCUCUGAAAGUGAUCCCAAACAAUAUUGUUUACCACUGUUUGUCAUUAUUACAUAUAUAUCAUGUCAUGCUGUUUCACUUAGCACUCCUUUUUAGACAAGUAGAACUGUUUGGAUUAGAUAUGCCGUGUUUAAGUUGCAUAUGUUUUGGGGGUUUGGAAUCUUCACUGCAUGUUUCUGCUAGCAUAAGUGCUUUGAACCACUGUAGCGUAUUUGCCCAGGUCGGCCACUGUAUGAAACAGCAUUGAUCGUAUGACACGCAUAACGGCAACAUGAAUGUCCAAAAGGCAAAGAGAUAAUCAUAUUUAAAUAGCUACGUUAAAGAUAUCUUUACCGUAUCUGCCCCAUCUGUUUGGGGGCAGAGGACUAAAUAUUGUAAACUCAUGCUCUUAACUGUAGAAUUAAUCGUCAUUUAAAAAUGUGAAAAACCCUGUUGUAUAUACGUGUGCCCUAGUUUUUUUUGUUUUAUUGCAUAAUCCAGUAUAUUGUUAUUCAUAGUGACAAUGUGGCUCAUUUGAAUUGAAGGUACAUGCUACUACAUUUAACUUAUUUUUUAAAAAUGACGAUCAUUACCCAUGAGUUUUGAUUGUAGUGUUUCCUGUUUAUACUGCUGUUACUGUUAAAAAAAUCAACAAAUUUCCCAAUGCCGUUACUGCAGGAAUAAAACAAGGUGUAAGUGUAAGUGCAUGUAACCUUGUUUAUGCUAAUGUCUUCAUGAAAAUAAAAUAUGUGCGAAAUAA